AUAUGCGAUACAACCCCGCCUGUCUCGUUCCCAUAGAGAAGUUCUAUUCUUUACAUUCAAGCCCGACACUCUAGGACUGAUUAUCCUGAGUAAACAAACCACCAUGGCCACCCCAAGCCAAAUCGACAGCCAUGCUCCCCCGAACCUAACCACCUCCAAACCCGACUCAACACAUGUCGACGAUCUAGAUGUCGAAAUCGAGGUCGUCGCGAACUCGAACCGACCAAACCCGCAAAAAGAAGCGCCGGUCUCGGUCGCCAGACUAUCUCCCGCAGAGCGCGAGGCCGCUGAACGGGCGCUGGUUCGCAAAAUCGACUUGCGGUUGUUGCCGACGAUUGUGAUUAUGUAUAUUCUGAAUUACCUGGAUCGAAAUAACAUUGCGGCGGCGCGAUUGGCCGGGUUGGAGGAUGAUUUGCAUUUAGUUGGAGCUCAGUAUCAGACCAGCGUUAGCAUUCUCUUUGUCGGUUAUCUGUUAAUGCAGAUCCCAUCCAAUCUAUUCCUCAACAAGAUGGGAAAACCAGCCAUCUACCUGCCCGCCGCAAUGACCAUAUGGGGCAUCAUCUCAACUGCUACUGCCGGGGUGCAAACCUACGGCGGACUCGUGGCUGUCCGAUUCUUCCUUGGUUUUGUCGAGGCUGCCUAUUUCCCUGGUUGUCUGUACUUUCUCUCCGCAUGGUACACCCGCAAGGAACUUGGUCUGCGCACUGCCAUGCUGUACUCUGGUUCCCUGAUCUCCGGUGCCUUCUCAGGCUUGAUCGCGGCCGGAAUCACGGGCAACAUGGACCACACACGCGGUCUUCGCGCAUGGAGAUGGCUGUUCAUCAUCGAAGGCGCAAUCACCAUUGUCGUCGCGAUGUUGUCCGCGCUCAUCCUCCCCAACUUCCCUCGUACCACCAGCUGGCUGUCUGAAGACGAAAAGGAGCUCGCCGCGUGGCGGCUUGAGGAGGAUAUCGGCGAGGACGACUGGGUGGACAGCGAGCACCAGACAUUCCUCCACGGCGCGAAGAUGGCCUUGGUCGAUAUCAAGACCUGGAUUCUGAUGAUAAUGAUCUUCUGCAUCGUCUCCUCCGGCUCAGUGACCAACUUCUUCCCGACAGUCGUGCAAACGCUGCAAUACGGCAAAAUCGAAACCCUCCUGCUCACUGCACCACCGUAUGUUCUCGCCGUGUUCACCGCGUUCGCCAACGCCUGGCACGCCGACCGCACUGGCGAACGGUACUUCCACAUCACGCUCCCUCUCUACAUCUCGGUCAUCGCCUUCGUAAUCGCGGCGACGACGACCUCCACUGGCCCACGGUAUCUGAGUAUGAUGCUGAUGGUUCCGGGAAUAUACACGGGGUACGUGGUGGCGCUGGGCUGGAUAUCGAAUAUCCUUCCGCGUCCGCCAGCGAAACGAGCAGCGGCGUUGGCGUUUAUUAAUGCCGUGAGUAACGCGAGUAGUAUAUAUGCGAGUUAUAUGUAUCCGAGUUCGGCGGGGCCGAGAUAUGUUGUUGCCAUGUCGGUUAAUUGUGUGACAUCGUUUAUUGCGAUUGUCUCAGCUACCGUCCUACGCUUUAUCCUAGUGCGGUUGAAUAAGAAGCUGGACCGUGGGGAGUCUGUGCAGGGGGCUGUGGUGGGUGUGCCGGGGCAGGCAGGGGCGAGAGGAUUCAGGUUUUUGGUUUGAUCUAUCUAUCAUUCUACACACCAAUUGGUGUACCUUGAGAUUUAGAGGAUAUAGGAUGUUAGUCAAGGCAAUGUAUUACGCAUGUCAUGCAUGUAUCUGCAAUGCUAUAGCUAUAUGCGCACCAAUCACUAAGCUCCAACCAAAUAGAAUAAAGUAAUAACUCCUGCACAAUCCAAACCACUCAUGAAGAUGAAAGAUGAUACACGAAAGAACAAGUACAGAGACGCUCACU